CAAUGUUAGGACCGUCUAACAUCUUUCAUUUCAUUCAUAUUUUUUUCAUUCUAAUAAUUUUUCUUGUAUUUUAUUGUGUUUAAAAACAAUGGCAUACAAGUAAAGUAAUUUUUGUAUUUGAGAAUAUAUUCGAUUUUGUUCAUUUACAUCGUAAAUAUAUUUAAGCUUCCUACGUCGUCGUUAGUACAACACAAAACAUGGAGAUCUAGUGAAAAAAUUGACGGCUUAUUGACCUCGUCGUCGAACAAACCAAGGACUAUCGUGCAAAUUGUCUAGGUAUGUCGGUUUGGUCAGCCAGUACUGUUGGAAAUAAUUGCCACUGCAUAAACUCAGGCGGUCGUUACAAUCAACAUAAUAAUUGGUGUCCAAAACUGAGUAAGCACAAGUGCCUGAUGUCGGGCGAGACGCCGAUCCAGUCGGCCGAGGGGCUGCACACGCCAGCAUAUCUCUCCUGGCGCAAGUUGCAGCUCAGCCGCGCCAAGUUGAAAGCAUCCAGCAAGACUUCGGCGUUACUUUCGGGAUUUGCAAUGGUAGCCAUGGUUGAAGUGCAGCUUAAUCCACCAAAUGCCACCGCCGUGCCCACCGAAAUGUUAGUUGCCUUUACUGUAUGCACGACUCUUCUCGUCGCCGUGCAUAUGCUCGCUCUCAUGAUAAGCACAUGCAUUCUGCCCAACAUAGAAGCAGUCGGUAAUCUCCACAGCAUCUCUCUCGUCCACGAAUCACCCCACGAACGAUUACAUUGGUACAUAGAAAUCGCAUGGGCCUUCUCAACACUUCUAGGGCUUAUACUUUUUCUCAUAGAAAUAGCUAUACUUUGCUGGGUGAAGUUUUAUGAUCUGAGCGCAACUGCCGCGUGGUCGGCCUGCGUGGUGCUAAUACCUGUUAUGAUUGUGUUCUUAGCGUUUGCAAUACACUUUUAUAUGUCCUUAGCGACACAUAAAUACGAAGUAACAGUGACCGGGAUAAAGGAGUUGGAAUUGUUAAAGGAACAGAUCGAAAUGGGUGAUCAGGACUCGAGAAUGAACAAUCUAACAUUGUUAGAUCAGAGUCGUAUUGUCUGAUUAAUGUUUAUUCAUGUUUUUUUUUUCGGAAUGUUACUGUAGCUUUUAGUGUCGUAUCUGUGGCUCAAAUAACGACGUCUUACUUGGAUUAUUACUAUUAUAAGUUAUAUUAAAAAAUUGAGCUGAUGAAGUAAAAAUGGCUGUGCCUGUUUGUUACUAUUACAGACUGAUUUAGACGAUUCAUUGACAGACAAUAUGAGUGAUAUUAGUACAUUAUGAACAUUUGGUCAUCAUAUAGUCACAUAGCCAUAUUGGAUUUAUGGUAAUGUCAUAAUAAUAAUCAUAAAUCUAAUAUAAAACUCAUAAGUGCCUACAUUUUUAUAAAUUGUUUAUAAACAAACUUUUUGACGUUUUCUUUGAAUAUAGACAGAGAUUUGCAACCAAAUGUAUCUCUUACGAUUAAUAACCCCGUAGUAAAAUUAUACCAUUUGUGAUUAUGAUAAAUUUCAUCAAUAAUAUUGGAUUGUAUUAUGCUAAUUUCAUUAUGAUCUGCCCAUCCAAGAGGUGUCGAUAUUGAAUAUGUCAUUACAAAUUGUGAUAUCGGGUUGUGGAAAGAUAAAGUAAAUUGUUAUUCACAUUAAUUUUUUACUGUUCACGUUAUUCAGUUCGUGUAGUAGAGUCGUGACAAAAUAAUAUAUUUUAAGUAAUUUACAUAAACCAGUAUGGAGCAGUGGUUCGUAAUGUUUUUAAGCAACGACCAACUACACUAAUAAUAACACUCUCACAUCUGACAUAAGGAUACGAAGAACAGUGUAUUGAAAGAACAUACUUGCAUCUGUCUUCAUAUUCUACACAUUCACAUAGAUAUUUCGUGUAUCCAUAGCGAAUUUCCAAUUAUGGUAAUCUAGACUACCUUACAGUUUUGGUAAUGAUGUAGAAUUUAAGCUUGCACUUGAGUCGGGGUCGGCUCCGGACAUUAUGCCGAUUGUUACUCAAGUUCUUCGGUUCACAUGCUAGUAAUAAUAGCUUCGUAACAACGAGAAUUAUUUUAUAUUUAGGCUGAGACAGUGCCCUGGGCUUCAUAACCUACUAGAGUCAAUUAAUACAUACAAGGAUAGCUUUUUAAUAAUGCGAUUUUUAUUAUAAAAAGAUACACAUAGUACAU